AUGAAGAAUCUGAAACUAUUCAAAGCAAAACAACAGUUGAAGGAGAACAAUUUUAAGGGUAUUACUGCCUUUCCUGUAAGUGAAGAUCUAAUGGAAUAGGGAGCCGAUAUUGAAGGUCUACAAAAUACAUUUUGGCAUGGAUUAUUCUUCCAACUGAAAAUAAACUUUACGUCACAAUACAAUUUUGUCCCUCCAGUUGUGAAAUUCCUAACAAUUCCUUUUCAUCCAAAUGUGGACCAAAAUACUGGUCGGGCUUGUAUAGAUAUUUUGGAUGACCCCGAUAAGUGGAAUACAAGCUAUACCUUGAGCAGCAUCUUACUUACCCUCCAGGUUAUGCUUUCUAAUCCAGUGCUAGAAAAUCCAGUGAAUUUGGAAGCAGCCCAAAUGCUGAUUAAAGAUGAAUCUCUGUACAAACAAGAAGUUCUAAGACUUUUCAACCAACCAACACAAUUGAGAAAUAACAGCCCUGAGUUUCCUAAAGAUCCAGAUAAACUUAUCAGAUCAACUAAAGCAAUCUCAUUUAAUGAUUACUACAAGACAUGGUCCGGAAUAGCAACAUCAAAAGCCACAGAAUACUAUGGAAGUCCAUGUAAGGUGGUCUAGCCUUAUCUUUUGUCCUUUUGUAUAUAUUAAUCUCCUAAUUAUUCUCCACUUGUCUUGCUUUCCAAGACUAAUUGACAUAUAUUUAUAAUCAGAAGGCAAUAAACUUCUCUGUUACCUCUAUAUAUGAAACAUUCAACAACUCUUAAUUUAGUUCCUCUUUUGU